AUGUUAAACUAUUCUCCUAACAUUGUAGAUGGCUUUACUAUAAAUUAUUCUUCUUUAUUUGGCCAAGGAGCAUUUUCUACUUGUUAUAGAUGUACAAAUCCAAAAUUUUCAAUCCCUAUGUGUGUUAAAGUAAUUCUAAUUUAAAUCAUAGAUUAUAUAAUAUACUUAAAAGACUUCUGUUAAUUACAAUAGAGAAAUUGAAAUAAUUUAGAGAGUUUCUAAAGUUGAUUGUAAAAAUCUUGUGAAAAUACUUCAUAUAAAAGAAUAAUAGAAUAGAUGUUAUAUAUUUAUGGAAUAUUGUUUAUAAGGCGAUUUUUAGAAGCUUAUUGAAUAAAAGGGGAGAAUGAAAAAAAGCUUCACAACUGAAGAGAUUUUAUCUAUCCUUAAUUAAUUAAUAAAUGGUUAUAAACAUCUUUAUGAUUUGGGUAUUAUUCAUAGAGAUAUAAAACCUGCAAAUAUAUUGCUAGGAAAUAAUGGAUAUUUAUAAGUAUAAUUAAAUUUAAUUCUAGCUUGCUGAUUAUGGGAUGUCAAAAAUAUUAGAAGAUCCAUGUCAAGAAAUUGAAUAAUCUCAUGCUGGAACUCCAUAUUAUGCUGCUCCAUAAAUUCUAAUUGAAGGAAUAUAUUCAAAUAAAUGCGAUAUCUAUAGUGUAUUAAAAAUAUUAAAUUUAGUUCGGUGUAAUAAUAUAUUAAUUAGUCUAUUAAUAAAUGCCUUUUACUUGUUUCUCACUCAUGUAAUUUGUUGAAGCUGUAAAGAAAUCAAAAUAUGAUAAAAUUUAAAUAAAAAAUAUUCCUAAAGCAUUAGGAGGAACUUAAUAUGAAUAAUAAUAAUUAUUAAACUUUCUAUAAUCUUCAUUAGUGUAUGAAGAAUCCACUAGAAUAAGUUGGGAUGAUCUUUUUAUAUAAUUCCUUGAUCCUGAUAUCUCAGAAAUUAAUGAAACAGAAACUAUUCAACAUAAUUCUUCUACAUAUUAAUUAUAACCAUUGUUAGUAUCUUCUUAAUAAAAACUUUAAAAUGACUAAAAUUCUUAAGAAUCUACUACAUUAGAUAACAAUAAUAAUGUAUCAUAACCAAAAGAGACUCAAUUUAUGAUGUCAAACAACAAACUCAAGAAAGCUAAUUAAACUGGUGAACUUAAAUAAGCAAAUCAAGAAAGUUAUGAAAAUUCUAAAGUUUAAUUUUUUCAUAGUGAUUAAAUUCUAAAGAACCAUUAAGAUUAAUAAUAAACCAUUCCUUAAUAAAGAUAAUUUAAAUUAUAAAAAAAGACUUCAAUUUGUGCAGUUAAAUAAUAUGAUAAUGUUUUAGAAAAGAUGGUAAAUUUUUAUUUAGCCAAGAGCACUUUUGUUGAUAAAUUAAUCAAUACUAUUGAAAAUUCAUCUAUUAUUUUAGAAAAAAAUUAGCAAAGCAUUUAACAAUCACCUUACACAAUGUCUCUAAAUUUACUAAAAUUAUAUUUAUAUGGGUAUUAAUAUUCAAGCUUCUACAACAUUUAUUAUUUACUAUACAAAAGAUAUGUAAAUGCUAAUGAACUAUAAAUAUUAAAGGAAUUAAGUUGGGUAGAUAAGAAACAAUUAGAAGAAGAAAUAUGGAAUUAUUUAAAAAAUUAAAUUAGUUUAAAGUCUAACAUCAAAUAACAAUAUAAGAUUAUUAAAUAAAAGUUUAAGGUAUCAUUAUUAUUCUAAUAAUAUUUUUUAGCGAGAAAUGAAUAGAUUUUAAGAGUAUCAAAAAUACAUUACUGAUUCUUAAUUAUAUAUGGAGGUAAAUCAAUUUAAAUUCAAAGAAAAUGUACACUCUCCUUAAUUAUAUUAUAUCUAAUAUAAGAAACUGUUCUAAGAAAUGUAUCUAUAUUUUGAUUUCGAAGCAGAGUACGAUUAUUUAGAAGAUCAUACAAUUCUUUUUUUAGCUUUUUCAAUAAAAUUCUUUUAAAAUGAAGAAAAAUAUAAAGAAAAUUAACAAUUUUUAGAAGUUGAUAAACAAUUAAUAAUUGAAUUUUAAGAAAGUAAACGAAUCCUAUAUAAAACCUUAAAAGAACACUUUUCAAACUAAUACAAAAUUAAUUGA